CCCCUGAUGGGAUUUAUAGGAUUUGAUCCCGAGGCUAUAGUUUGUUGUUUAUUGUUGUAGGUAGCGGAUCGAGCAAAAAAGCUAUGGACGUGUGGUUCAUCUUGCUUUCUGUCGCUUUCACGACCCUCGCUGGUUUUCUCACAGCUGUUUUAUUUAGAAGAAAACGAGUUUCGCUAAAAACAGCCACAAGAACAGCCUGCACAGAGCACGAGGAGGGCACGAGCGCCACGGAAGCACCCACUGGACUCAUUGAACCUCAAUCUGAAUCUAAAUCUGAAUGUACAACACAGACGACUGAAGAGCUGCAGGAUGAGCCAUGCACAUCGAACCAGCAAGAGAGUGUCUGGGAUCAGUGUGAGAACGACGAGUCAGAGAACGACGAGUCUUCACACACACUCUCAGUAAACAGGAUGGAUAAUGAGGAUCAGGCUCUAAAGUACAUGCCCGGUAUGUUGCGGACGAGCCAGCUUGAGAAAAUGAUGAGUAAAGAAGAGCUGGAGGAAGAACAAAGGGUUCAGCAGGAGCAGCUCGCCGCUAUCUUCAAGCUGCUUAAAGAAAACCAGGACACAUUUGGAGAGGUGACAGAAAAAGACAUGGAGGAACAGCUUAAGCUUUACUCCAUCUGAAAAAAACUGCACCAACAACUGCUCUGGCAAUAUGGACAUGAAACGUUAUCACUAAUACUUAUUGUUAAUGCUGUUCAGAAGUGUGGGUCCUGAAUAUGUCCUGAAGUCUGGACUCUAUGGAUGUGAGGAAAAAAUGUAUUUAAUAAAGGUAAAUGUGUAUUAGAUUUAAACUGCACACAAUUCACACAGUAAAACAUUGUAGUAAAAUA